CAACGGUCUUCCGCCUAGCUUCCAAUAUCUGCAAGUCUCAUGUCUCCUCGGAAUAGAUAAAAAUACUUGGCUUUGUUAAGGAGGGGGAGAGAAGGGCGUUUGCGCUGCUUUGAAACGCUAGGACCCAGGCGUCCGGUCCCAGCGGCAACACAAUAAGUCGACGCCAAAAUGAUCAACCCCUUCUCGUUCAGGCCCGGGCCGGUCACCUUCUGGACGACGGUCACGUACCUUGCCCUGCUCAUACCCAUCAUCAUCGUCAAUGAACAGGCGCCGCCGGUUCCGAGCGGGGAGUCGCCGGUGCCAGGCAUCAACCUGACGCAGGCAUGGCUCGACCUGGCCACGGUCACACGGGCGUACCAUCCCUACAACAGCCGCUACAAUGACGAGCUCCGCAAGAUGCUUCUCCAGCGGAUACGUUCAAUUCUGGAUGAGAAUGGCGUGGCUUGGACGAUUGAGGGGUCUGGGUCUGGGUCCGGCAGCUCGGAUGCCGCCGUCACCGUGUUUGAUGACAUGACAUCCAACUGCACCUUCCUCAUGGCGUCUGGCGUGGUCUCAACCGGUUCUCGGGUGGCGGCGUACUUUGAGGGCACGAACAUUCUGGUCUACAUCAGAGGCAAAGCCGACGACCAGGGCAAGUGGUGGAACACAGCAGGCGUGCAUGAUGACGCCAGGCGUAGCGCCAAUGCUUUGACGCUGGUCAACGCCCACUAUGAUUCCGUCUCUACCGGGUAUGGCGCCACAGACGACGGCAUGGGUGUGGUGACGUGCCUGCAGCUGAUCCAGUACUUCACUCGCCCGGGCAACCAGCCCGAGAGGGGCAUCGUGGUCACGCUCAACAACGGAGAGGAGGACUACCUCUACGGCGCAAGGGCACUCGGACAGCACCCACUGCAACCAUACAUACACACCUUCCUGAACCUGGAGGGCGCCGGGGCCGGCGGCCGGGCCCUCCUCUUCCGCACCACCGACCGCGAGGUGACGGCCGCGUAUGCGCGCACGCCAGGCCCCUUCGGCACCGUCAUUGGCUCCGACGCCUUCGGCCUGGGCUUCAUCCGCAGCGGCACCGACUACUCGGUCCUCUACGACGUGUACGGCCAGCGCGGGCUCGACCUCGCCUUCUUCAAGCCCCGGGCGCGCUAUCACACCAACCAGGACGAUGCGAGGCACGCCUCCCGGGGCAGUCUCUGGCACAUGCUGUCGGCCUCCAUCCACACCACCACGCAGCUCUCUCGCGACUCGGGUGACACCUUCGUGGGUCCCAGGCCGGAUGGAGCGCGCGGGAAGGUGCGCAACGGCCGCCCAAGCGACGGUGUCUGGUUUGAUCUCUUCGGCAAGGGCUUCGUGCUGUUUGGCCUGCGCGGCAUGUUCGCGUGGUCGCUGACCGUGCUGAUCGCCACGCCGCUCAUCCUGGCGCUGGUCAGCUACAUCCUCCACCGAGCGGAUCGGUACUACCUCUUCAGCUCGAGCGUCAAGGCACCACAUGUUGAUUCCGAUGGUGGCGAGCCCGUGCAGAUCGGUGGCUGGAAGGGCUUCUUCCGGUUCCCGUUUGCGCUGGUGGUGGUUGGAUCGCUGACGCUUGGGGCCGCCUUCUUGCUGAGGAAGGUGAAUCCCUUCAUUGUCUACAGCAGUCGGUAUUCUGUCCUGGCCAUGAUGGUCUCGCUGUUCUACUUUAGCUUCUGGGCCAUCAUGCGGGGUGCGAACUUUGCAAGGCCCAGCGCUCUGCACAGGGUCUAUGUCCAGAUCUGGCUGUUCAUCCUCGGAUGGGCCAUGCUCGUCGCUGUCACGGUCGCCGAGGAUCGGUUGAGGAUUGGCGCCGGGUACAUGUUUGUGUUCUUCCAGUCGGCCGUGUUCCUCUCCGUUUUCAUCGCGCUUUGCGAGCUGUUUGCGUUGCCGAAGAAGGCUACGUGGAGCCAGCAGGUGCGCGAAGACCAAGAGACAAGGGCGCUCAGUCGGGGUCGCGCGAACGGUGAUAUCUCGCCUUCGCAGCUACCGCUGCCGAGACCCCAUCAGGAGUCGACGCCGCCGGGGACGAGGCACUCGAACACGUCAGCCUCGGCCACAACUAUCCGGGGCGACCAGGAUGAUGACGAUGACACUGAGGCACCCACAGAGCGCACACCACUCGUAGGAGGGAAUGCGGCUGGCGAACAACCGCGCACCACCUUUGCUACAACCUACCGCCAGUCCAUCUCGGCCCUGGUUAGCGGAGCCCGCAGGUACAGCGACGGCGGGCUCGGCCACGGCAACGGUACUAACAAGCCGUUUGAGCACGAGCAAGCCUGGUCCGGUCCUCUCCCCUCGUGGACAUGGCUCCUGCAAUUCCUCCUCCUCGGCCCGUUCACCAUCAUCCUGAUCGGGCAGAUCAUGCUGAUGCUCGUCGACGCCACGCACCAAACGGGCGCGGACGGGAGCAGCCUCCUCCUGCCGUACCUGAUCGUCUUCCUGGGCGCCGUCGUGCUCUUCCUCCCGCUGACGCCGUUUAUCCACCGCAUCACGCACCACAUCCCCGUCUUUUUGCUUCUCGUAUUUGCCGGCACGCUGAUCUACAACCUCGCCGCCUUCCCCUUCUCGGCCAACAACCGAUACAAGACCUACUUCGUCCAGACCCUCGACCUCGACGGCAACAGCAACAGCGUGUGCUACGCCGGCAUCGAGGAAUACGUCCGCCACAUCAUCGCUGCUCUGCCCUCCGCCGCGGGCAAGGACGUCGUCUGCGCCGCGUCCAAGCGACAGGGCCUCGUGAGCUGCUGCUUCGAUGGGGCCGAUACCCCUCCCCGCCUCACCACCUCUCCUAGUAAGGAAUAUCGCGAUCUGAUCACGGUCAAUGCCACACGUACUACAGAUACAGAUACAGAUGUGGUGGUGGCCGCGCGCAUCGAGAUCGCCGCCAACAACACCAAGGCCUGCUUCCUCGAGUUUGACUCCCCCGUGUCGGCGCUGCGUGUGCGGGGGGGCUCCGGGUGGGACGAGCGGUUUGGCGCGUGGCCCGAGCAAGAAGGGGUCACGACUGUCCGGCUGUGGCACCGCGAGUGGGAUAGGCCGUGGGUUGUGGAUGUGGAGUGGAAGAAGAAGAAGGAGGAUGAUCAUCGUGACGAUGGGGAUGGUGGUGAUAGCAUUAGUAAGGGAGGAGGAGGAGAAGAGGAAGAAGAAGGAGAAGAGAUGGUCGAUGAUUAUGGUGAGUUGGGGCGGCGAGAUGGGGGAACUACUACUGGUAGUAGGAGUAAAGGGAGGUUGGCAGGGCAUGUCGUUUGUAUGUGGAGUGAUGUUAAUGUGCCGGGCACGAUUCCCGCGCUGGACGAGGCGCUUGCCUUCGUCCCCGCCUGGGCGGCGGUCACUAAGUUGUCUGAAGGGCUUGUGGAGGGGAGGAAGCGGUUUGAGGUUUCUUGAGGUGUGAAACUGCUAGCGACUGGUUGCAGUCUGUUUUUCCAUCCUUCUUUUGUCACAUGUACUUACUCGGGUCAGUCUUUGGUAAGAUUCAGCGUGUCUCUCUUGUUAGGGGUUGUAUUAGGGCGUAGGUAGCGCACUUGGGACAUCGGCUCAU